AUGGGGGCCUUCAACUCCAGAGUACCGGCUACAAUCCUUUCCUUCCUCGCAUUCAUCAUCUUUGUGACAUCAGUACGACAAGGAAACACCGAGUAUAAGGAGAAUAUUUUUCCCAAGCGGUCAGCACUGGCUACGGCAUCGCAGCUAGUAACAAGAAAUACCGGAAAUUAUGUUCUACUCCAAACUGAAUACUCCCUCAUACAAGGGGGUGACGCGGUUACUGCUAUCUUCACAAACGUAACAUUUGGAAAUGACAGACCGCCGGCAGGCCAAGAUUCCCUGGGCGAUUUUAACUUUACUGAUGGCGAUUUAGGCGUAAUAGGGACUACACGCGGAUACUACGUGGAAGACACUCUUAAGGCUGGAGACACGACGGUGGAUCUAGAACUUGGCAUUGCUAGAUUGUGGAACGGCCGUCCAAUGCUCGGACUUGGUCUCGAAGGGGUCUGGUUUCCCGGCACAUACAACCACCUCCCGAUCGCAUUCGGAAACGAUGACUCUCCUCCUCCUAGAAAUCCCACCCGUACUUUUCUAAACAACUUAAGGACGCAAGGGAAAAUAGCAAGUACUACAUGUAGCUUCUAUAAUGUUCAAGACCCCGGAGCCAAAGGUCAGAUUAUUAUCGGAGCCUUGGAUCGCAGCAAAUUUUAUGGAGGGUUCGACCGAUAUACCUGGGAGCCUACCACGAGGGAUGAUUAUGGGAGUGAAUAUGGUGGAAGGAUACUUUUUCACCCUACCGUUCGGCUGGGGAAUAUAAAUGAUCCAGCCAACUCCACCGGAACCGUCUAUCCUUCACGUAGUACCUCGAAUAAUGCAACCAUACAAAUCAAUCCAUUCUAUCCCUACCUUAGCCUACCAGGCAGCAUAUAUGACCCCCUGAUCAACGCCCUAUACCCAUUCGGACUCGUAGUCAUCGACGUACAAGACCCAUCCAGCUCCAGCGGAUCGACAUAUCCAGUCCAAAGCCUACCAUGCGAUGUCAACAUCCCUCUGCAACACGUACUUGAAUUUACCUUCAACAAAGUCACUAUAAGAAUUCCUUUCAAUGAUCUAUUACUUCGCAUACCACGGCCAGAAAACCCCAGUUUCUGCGGAUUAGCUUUCUGGCUGCUCGACUCACGGGCUGAAUUAUACACCCCCUUCAUAUUGGGAGGCCCCUUCGUCAAAAAUGCAUAUGUAGUCUUAGAUCCCGAAACUAGAACAAGUGCAAUCGCAGGUUUGAGCCGGAAUGAUACAACAACCGAUAUUGUUGAAAUCGGUGGGAGGUUUGGCGCCACCCUUAUGAACGUGAGGGGGGCUGCGAUAGAUCCAUCGCCUAAUAACGGAUCUUCUAAUAAACUACCCCUCGGCGCUGUGAUAGGUAUUGGGGUAGGAGGAGGAGUCGUGCUAAUAGCCGCAAUCGUACUCGGGUACUUUCUUUACCGCCGAAAGAAAGCUAACGCUCAAAAGACGUCGAGUAUACCAUCUGAAGAAUCUUCUUCAGCUGAGGCCGAUUCGAAAGCGCUAGCCCCUAGCGAAUUAGGAGCUACUAACAAACAAGUAGAAUUACCUCAGAACCCUUCUAAUCAGACAAACUGGCAGGGUGAUCAUAUAGGUAGCAAUAGGCAUGAACUUGAUGCUAGCGCUGGAUUAUUGCAGGAGCUCCCGUAA